AGCAUACCGUAAUUAAAAAGUGUUUGCAUGGGAAAGACUAGCAUACAUGAAACGGUAUAGACUAGUGUAGGUACUUCCUAAAAAAAGAGAAGAAGAUGGCAGAACAAAUUGUCAACAAAUUGUCGAAAGAUAAUUUCAACGCAGACGAAUAUGUCUUGGAAAUAGCAUCAGGUGGGGAUGUGUAUCAGGAUCUCCAGGAACACAAACAAAGGGUCCAGAAUCUCAACGAUGAUACGGCAGUUGCCCUGAAGAAAAAUGUCUACCGCAACUACACGCAGUUCAUCGAAACGGCCAAAGAGAUAUCAUACUUGGAAGGAGAGAUGUACCAACUUAGUCACAUUCUGACUGAACAGAAGACCAUCAUGACUCAACUACUAGACAUGUCUAUGGGAGGCAAAGAGGAGACAGGAAGGGACAAGAAUGCACCCCAAGCCCCGGAAGAACAUAAAAGAACCAUUGCUUCAUUACUUGAUAGAGUUGAAGGCUGCUCUAGAAUAGCUGAGGUCCCGGGUAGAUACAUCAUCUACGAUGCUGACUUGAUCGAGUUAGAUACAGACUCAUUUCAAGAGAUCCAGAGAGUUCAUGCCUACCUGCUCAAUGAUAGUCUUGUCAUCACGACCUUUAUCAGGAACAGACGAGGACCAGUAAGAUACAAGUACCAGGCCCUCUUUGAACUGGACAGUCUGGCUGUAGUUAACGUCAGAGAUGUAGGACCUGUCAAGAAUGCUUUCAAAGUUCUGAGAUUUCCUGACCAGCACAUGUACAGCACUGAGACAGCUAAAUCAAAGCGUACCUGGCUGGAUAAACUCGAAGAAGCGAAGAAGAUCCAGGUUGCUGCCAAUAGUCAGAGGCGGGAGCUGGCUGAACAGAUGAGCAUAGACAUUCCAGAGGGAAAGAAUCAAGAAGAGGCCUUUGAAGAGGAGGAAAACUUGUUUCUUCAAUCUGUUUCCAUGGAAACAAGUAUGCUUCAAGUCGAUUGGUUGUUAGAGCUUCCGGAAGAUCUUGACAUGAGUAUUGCACAGAGGAACUUUGAAGAAUCGGUUGAUCUUAUUCUUAGAGCCAAUGAAUAUUUGGAACAAGUACCGGUUGGUCCAUCACUGAAAGAGAUGAGGGCUAGAGUUGACCAUCGAGUGAAGCAGCUGACCGAUACACUGACCAGAGAGCUUCAAGUGUCACCUGACCGGUCACUCCGAGGCGGACCUCAGGUGACCAGGAGGGCCGUCGUCCAACUCAUCAGACUUGGUAAAUCAACUCAGGCUUGUGACCUAUUCUUAAAGAAUCGCAGCGCAGCCAUCAAGCAGUCUCUACGACAGCUGAGGAUAGAGGGCGCUACAAGCCUUUACGUCACCAAACUCUGUCACGUCUUCUUCAACCACAUCAUAGAGACGGGCAAGGAAUUUAGGUUUACAUUCUCCCAGAAUCAAGGCUGCUAUUCCGCUUUUGUUGUGUGGGCGAAGGCAGAGCUUCGUAGCUUUGUGAACCUCUUCUCUCGCCAAGCCCUCGCCAAGCAGACGGCCCUGGUCACCGUUGCUGAAUGUGUUUGCAUUGCGAGGACUUCCUGCUCUCUGCUCUCAACAAUCGGUUUAGACCUCCUUUUUGCACUCAAUGGUUUAACACUGAAAGGGAUCAGGGAGGUGCUGCUUUUCAACAAGGAACAGUUUAUCGAGGCCUCAAGACAUCGGAAUGUGGAGGAACGUUGGUACCCCUUGAAUUUAAAGAAUCCCAAUGCAGCUAACAACCUGGUUAGGGACAUGCAGCAGCUAGGCUUUGAUAAAUUUAACCAACUGGUUUAUGAUAGCUGUUUUGUGAAUCUAGCCAAUAGUACCGUUGCAUUCACAAAAGUGGUCCUGGCUUUCCUGAAAGAUGCUCUGAAACUCUAUGUACCAGAGCUGUAUCCAAACAUUGUAGAGGUGCUGGUUGAUGUCUUUGAUAACCACAUCCAGCUGGUAGAGGGCGCCGUCACCUCGGAUAGGUUCGAAGAAGAGCGGCAGUUCAUCCUGAAGAACGUUGAUUAUCUCUUCAAAACUCUCCUACCUCUGAUUGAAAAGAAACUCACGGACGUGGCAGGGCGAAAGGUGAAAGAACUUCAGGAUAUCCAAAAGCGAAACCAAGUCAUCUCUUCGCGAGUCCGAACCCUUGGAGUUUUGAUUUGAUUGGUUGAAUUCUUCAGAUGCGCUGUUUAGUAUGAACUGAGGGGUGUACCCAGUCUGUUGUUCCAAGUCAGUGGUACAAAACCUUUGCCUGGAACCAAUCUUAGCAGUUUAACCCUAUCUAGGCCGGGGUAUUUUGGGAUUUUAUCUCGGCCGUCGACCGCGCAAUCGCACCAAAAAUUGGCACGCGAGUUGCCUUGGACAUAAUCUUC